CAGGUAGAACAGGUAUUGAGGAAUGUCAUGGAAAUAUUCUUUUCCCAGUUUUGAUUUAAGAAGUUGCUUAAAUUCUGCUGACAAGUGAGGGUUCGUGAUUACAGCCGAAGAGCCAAUGUUGGAAUAAAGUUAAGUUUUAUGCGAUAACAUGAAAAUAAGUUAAUAUUUGUAUUGAAUCAUCAAUAGGAACUUGUUCGACUGCCGAGGAACGAUGAUAUUUGAUGAUAAAUUGCAUCGGCAAGUCAAGAAUACCGGCUCAGUUUAUGGGCAUCAGUUGAUUUCAGACCGCGAGCACCCCUCCUCCAGUCGCCAUGACGCGUCACGGAAAGAACUGCACGGCCGGCAUGGUGUACACCUACGCCGAGCGCCAAAAGGAUGCCCGCCAGUCGGGCUACGGCACCGACAAGAUCCGCACCAGCAAGGACUCUGUGAAGGAGUUUGACUGCUGUUGCCUGACUCUGCAGCCGUGUCGCAACCCCGUCAUCACACCUGAUGGCUGGUUGUUUGACAAAGAGGCCAUUUUGGAGUAUAUUAUCUCCAAGAAGAAUGAAAUCAGUCGCAAAAUGAAACAGUAUGAAAAAGAAAAGAAACAAGAGGAGCUGGAGCUGGAGGAGCUGGCGGCCGCCGAGCAGCGCUCAGAACUGAGGAAGUUCGAGGGCCAGGAGUCGAGCAUCAUCAGCAAACGCAGCGGAGCCGGGGCAGGUCCCAGCGAGGCCGGCUCCGUGUCCAACAUGACCACGGACAAGGCGCGCAAGCUGCCCUCCUUCUGGAUCCCUAGCCUCACGCCGGCCGCCAAGAAAUCCACCAUCAAGAAGCCCGACAAGACCAUCUUCUGUCCGAUGAGCGGUAAGCCGCUGAGGGUCAAGGACCUGAUUCCCGUCGUGUUCACACCGGUCUCCGACCCGGACGACAAGGCGGCGCUCAUCUCCAAACGCAACCGGUUCAUGUGCCGCGUGACACACGACAUCCUGGGCAACACCGUGCCGGCGGCCGUCCUCAAACCCACCGGCGACGUGGUCACGAUGGAGUGCGUGGAGAAACUGAUCAGGAAGGACAUGCGCCACCCGGUGACGGGCGUGCCGCUGGCAGAGUCCGACAUCAUUCCCCUACAGAUGGGCGGCACUGGCUUCUCCGGUACCAACGACCAGCUGGCCGCCAAGGGCGCCCGGCCCGUGGCGCAAGUGUGAGCUGGUCUGAGGCGGUGCUAUGGGGCGCAUGGUCUGUGGUGCUCAGCUCAGGUCUGAGGUAGCCCAUGACGUGGGUCUGAGCUGGCCUGGAGCGUCACUAGUCUGAGGCGACCCGUGGUUUGUGGUGCAGGUCUGAAGUGGAUAGGGGUGCAGACCUGGUUCAGCUUGAAGUUCGUGGCACAGGUUGCCAGAGUUUGAGCAGCCUGCUAGCCUGAGUGGAUUCGUGGCACUGCGGGUCGGGGCCGUGAUGCGGCUCCGAGUCGAGGUCUGUGUUGGUGGGUGGCACCGUGCGCGCUCUGUGUAUGCAAGGGUGCUGUGUCGGAUGGAGCACGAUAAGUCGACGGACUCUGACUGAUAGUGAAUGUGCCUGAACACCGUUUCUUGUGGCCUCGUCUGAUCAUCAUCAUCAGCGGAGGAUGAUAUAAAUCCUGACCUGACCAUGAAUUAUUAAGCCGAUCUCCACACCCUUUUGCUCUUACUACUUGAAAGGUGGCUUACGCCUUACAGUAGGGUGGAUGGCGAUUUGUUGUCGCUACAAACAAGACAGUGUUUUGAUGUGUUGUUGGCAGGGCUGGUGUGGGAGGGAGAAUGGUAUGUCAUGCUUCGAAAAGUUCUUUGAAUUGCCUGGUGGCACCGAAAGUAGCUGUACGAAUGAAAAUGAAAUUUGCUUUUACUUGCUGCAAUGCAUUGAUGUUAUGCAAGUCCAUUGCUGAUUUCGUGCACUCUUUUCAACCGAGAUGUCGUUAAGCGUCGAAUGUAAGGUCAACCAGUGUGUAUAUUUUGUUCUCUUAACUUAUAUGAGUACAAGAUCGAAACGAUGCGCGACAGUUUCCAUGUGUGCUCUGGCCGACAGGUCCUUGAGUGAAUUAUGUGUGUAAUGUAAUGUCAUUGUUAGCAUCAUUGUGCUGUGCAAAUGAAUACACCGAGAAGUGGCCGAGAA